AUCUGGGGCAGCGAGGAGGAACUGUGCAUCUCCGCAUGGGAAUGGGGAUUUGAUGCCCCACAGAAACGGAGGGGCGGCACGCUGGCACUUUCAUCCCAGGCGCCGCAGGGCGCCUGCUUUUUGAUCUCGGUAGAUGGAAAUAUCUGUUUAAAAUAACGAGUUCGCAUAUGGAGGAUCUUUUUACUCGCGUGUCUCUCUGCGGUCCCUUUAGGUAGCUGCGGUGCUAUCGCUCCCUUGUGCGCUCCGGUAAGGAAAGGGAGGAAGGGCGGCAGCCGGGAAGCGUUGGCUCCGCCAGUGGGCGUUCUCUGGCGGCCGGGCCGCGGCUGGAAGCGGCACUGCGGUGGUUUCAUCUGCCUCUUUGCAGGCAAGCACGGACAUUCGGGGCAGUAUUUUGCCCCGCUCGAAGAAAAUACAGAUCGUUGCCGGUUUCUUGCUUUGAAUGAGAGGUGGGAGCAUGAGGAAAAGCAGACUUUAAAAGGGGAUCGGAACCGCUUGGCGGUCAGUAGCGCCCUGUCCCCUCCGGCCUAAAGGGGGAACGGAAAUGUGAGCAUUCCGUGCGUGCGGGGAGACGGGACGCGGAGGAAAUACUGCCCGCGGGUCGCUGGAGGGAUCUGAAGACCGAACCGCCGUUGGUUUUGUUUGGCUCCGUCUUUCUUCGGCUUUCCCUUUCGCUUUACUCCGGUAUCUCUCCUAGGCGUCCUGCCUUAAACUACCACGAAAGGGAGGGAAGAGCGGAAGCAUGUCCAACCCGGAGAAGCGGAUCAUAUCCCGCCCCUCGGCCCCCCUGGCUGCCGCACCCGGGGAAAAGCCCGGCUCCGGCAGCCGCCCGCUCCACUCCCAUGGACAGAGCGGCGGAGGUGGGGGCACCGGCGGGUCUCCUCCUCCCCCCACUCCUGGAGGCGGCUCGGCUGCCUGCAGCUCCCUCUUUCUCCUCCUAACAACCACCAGCAGCAGCAGAAGCAGCGCUGCAGGGACAGCCUCCUCCGCCGCCAACGCCAGCAUCGUCCCCAGAGCGGCAGCGGCUCCUUUCCUCGCUCCAGUCCCCUCCUUUUCCUCCGCUUCUCCAUUUUCCUUUUACUUCUUGCCGCCGCCUCCUCAUUUCCCCUCCUUGUCUUCCUUUAACCUCACAAGUCUCCAAGGGAGGGAAGGAGGAGGAGAGGCAACGAGAGCGGCAGGAGGAGGAGGAGGAAGAGAUGUUGGCGGAGCAGCAGCAGCAGCUCACUUGAUCGCCCAUCCAGGCGGCAGCGGCAGGAGGAGACUCUUCUGUUCUUCCUCCAUCCAGGGCUUGCUGCUCAGUUCCGCAGCCGGCGGCCCCCGGCAGCACCACUCUCGGCUCCUCCUCUCUCCAGCCGCCUCUCGCCCGUGGUCCUACAAUUCCCUCGGUGCUGCAGCAGCAGCAGCCCGCGGCGACGGGAUCCGAGGCGGUGACGGCCCCGGCGGGAGCAGGACUCCUAGGCGGCAGCAGCGGCAGAGAGGCGCCUUCUUCUCCUUCUCAUCUCCCCUGCUCCUAGGGCCAGACAUGGAAGAUGGAUCUAAUUCUACAAGCUGCUUUAGGAGGUUUACGGACUGUUUCUUGAACACAAGUUUAACAGAUGAAAAAGUGAAGGCCUAUCUUUCUCUUCACCCCCAGGUACUGGAUGAGUUUGUCUCGGAAAGUGUUAGUGCAGAAACUGUAGAAAAAUGGCUAAAAAGGAAAAAUAACAGACAGGAAGAUGAAACGACUCCUAAAGAAGUCAGCAGGUACCAGGAUACAAAUAUGCAAGGUGUAGUGUAUGAAUUGAACAGCUACAUAGAACAGCGCCUGGAUACAGGAGGGGAUAAUCAACUACUUCUGUAUGAACUGAGCAGCAUCAUAAAAAUAGCUACGAAAGCUGAUGGAUUUGCACUAUAUUUCCUGGGAGAAUGCAAUAAUAGUCUGUGUGUAUUUACACCACCAGGAGCUAAAGAAGGACAACCACGGCUCAUUCCUGCAGGGCCCAUUGCACAUGGCACUACAGUAUCUGCUUAUGUAGCCAGAUCCAGAAAAACGUUGCUAGUAGAAGAUAUUCUGGGGGAUGAGCGAUUUCCCAAAGGUACUGGACUGGAAUCAGGGACACGUAUCCAAUCUGUUCUGUGUUUGCCAAUUGUCACUGCAAUAGGUGAUCUAAUUGGUAUCCUGGAGCUUUACCGUCACUGGGGCAAAGAAGCCUUCCACCUUAGUCACCAAGAGGUUGCAACAGCAAAUCUUGCAUGGGCUUCAGUAGCAAUACAUCAAGUACAAGUGUGCCGGGGGCUGGCCAAACAGACUGAACUGAAUGACUUCUUGCUUGAUGUAUCAAAAACAUAUUUUGAUAAUAUAGUUGCAAUAGAUUCUCUACUUGAACAUAUAAUGAUAUAUGCAAAAAACCUGGUGAAUGCAGACAGGUGUGCACUCUUCCAGGUUGACCACAAAAAUAAGGAGCUGUAUUCAGACCUUUUUGAUAUUGGAGAAGAAAAUGAUGGGAAACCUGUCUUCAAGAAGACCAAAGAAAUAAGAUUUUCUAUAGAAAAAGGAAUAGCUGGUCAAGUGGCAAGAACUGGAGAAGUCCUUAACAUCCCUGAUGCCUAUGCAGAUCCACGCUUUAACAGAGAAGUAGACCUCUACACAGGCUACACAACCAGAAAUAUCCUGUGCAUGCCUAUUGUAAGCCGAGGAAGUGUAAUAGGUGUUGUGCAGAUGGUGAACAAAAUAAGUGGAAGUGCCUUCUCUAAAACUGAUGAGAACAACUUUAAAAUGUUUGCAGUCUUUUGUGCUUUAGCCUUACACUGUGCUAAUAUGUACCACAGAAUUCGCCAUUCAGAGUGUAUUUAUCGUGUAACGAUGGAGAAGCUAUCCUACCACAGUGUUUGUACAGCAGAAGAGUGGCAAAACCUCAUGCAAUGUACACUGCCUCCACAUAUUUGUAAAGAAAUUGAACUGUACCACUUUGAUAUCAGUCCAUAUGAGGACGUCUGGCCUGCCGUUUUUGUCUACAUGGUUCACCAGUCCUGUGGGACAGCCUGCUUUGAACUUGAAAAACUAUGCCGAUUUACUAUGUCUGUAAAGAAGAAUUAUCGCCGUGUUCCCUACCACAACUGGAAACACGCAGUUACUGUUGCACAUUGCAUGUACGCCAUACUUCAGAACAACCAGGGACUUUUCACUGAUCUAGAGCGAAAAGGUCUUUUAGUUGCAUGCCUGUGUCAUGACCUGGAUCACAGAGGUUACAGCAACAGCUAUCUUCAGAAAUUUGAUCACCCCUUAGCUGCUCUGUAUUCCACAUCAACAAUGGAACAGCACCACUUCUCACAAACUGUGUCCAUCCUGCAGCUGGAAGGGCACAAUGUCUUCUCCAAUCUGAGCUCCAGUGAAUAUGAGCAAGUACUUGAGAUCAUCAGGAAAGCCAUCAUCGCCACAGACCUUGCCCUGUAUUUUGGGAAUAGAAAACAGCUUGAAGAGCUGCAUCAGACAGGAGCAUUAAACCUUAAGAACCAAGCACACAGAGAUAGAGUGAUUGGUCUGAUGAUGACGGCUUGUGAUUUGUGUUCUGUAACGAAGUUAUGGCCAGUUACCAGGCUGACGGCCAAUGAUAUAUAUGCGGAGUUCUGGGCUGAGGGUGAUGAAAUGAAGAAAACGGGUAUUCAACCUAUUCCUAUGAUGGACAGAGACAAAAAGGAUGAAGUCCCUCAGGGUCAGAUUGGGUUCUACAAUGCAGUAGCUAUCCCAUGUUACACCACACUUGCACAGAUCUUUCCUCCAACUGGGCCACUACUGCGAGCGUGCAGGGACAAUCUCAACCAAUGGGAGAAAGUAACAAGAGGUGAGGAAGCCUUUAUAUGGAUUCCUUCCCAGUCCCUUCCUCCUGGGACCUCAGAUUCACUUCCUGUGAAGAUCGAUGACUGAACAGCAGCAACAAAUAGCUUUAACCUGAAAAACAUCCCUUCUUCUUUUGGGGAUUGCUUUUUGUUUUGUUUCAUUUUUAUUUGGAAAAAAAGAAAAAGAAAAAAAAGAAAAAGGAAAGCUACAAAAGGUUAACUAAGAGGCAGAUCUGCCUAGGAAGGUAACACCCAUGGAGUUACCUCAGCUAAAUGACUCUGGCAGCCAAUCUCCUGACCUGCACCAGUGACACAACAUGAACAGAGGGAAAACGACAACCCAGAAGUUUUGGAGACAACUAUCAAAAGAGAACUUACAACUUGUGAAUAUAAAAGACUGGCCUUAUCUCAUGGGCUACAUUGCUGAGGCCUUAAUUUAAAACUGAUUGGGGGGGGGGGGCAGGGAAAUCUUAGGGGGUACUUCUAAAUUGUAUCUUUCUAGUAAGGGUUUCAAUGGUACUUUUAUUAUACUGUACUGUGGCUGGCUUUAACACCAGUGUCACUUGGGAGUUCUUGGCUAUAAAUAGAACAAUAUACCCAUUGCUAUUGUGAAUGUUUAUGUGUGAUCUACUUGUAAUCAGUUUGAACUCCAGCAGAAUCCUUGGAGACUAUAAUUCAUGCUUAGGUUACAGUGAAUUCUCUUGCUGCAAACUAAAGGAAAACCAACAUUCAGGUUAAAGUUUUAAAGUACUUCAUUAAGCAUCAAGCAUCAGGAUGCAAAUUGUCUGUCACUGACAAGGCAAACAUUGAAAGAACUGGUGCUUUGUUCUUCAGAAUGAUUUGUAAACCUAAACAGCUCCUUUCUUAAAACACUGGAAGUACUGGAUAUGAGAGUUUCAGGGUGGAGGUUUUGUAUCUGUAGUGACAGAAGCAUCAGAUUAAAUGUGACAGCAAAGAUUUCCUUGCCUAGCUCACAAUUAAGUAGUCAUCAUCUUUAUUUCUACCUGCUGAGUUGUAUUUUAAAAGGUAUUAGAGACAUACCUGAAGUAUGCUAUCUGCUGGGAGCAAAAAGCCUUGUCAGAAAAAUCAGGUCUGAUAAGAGAGGUUGUGGUACCAUCACAAUAAAUCAGAAAAUGUUUUUGUAUUGACUAGCUUUUGUGUUGCACAGUAACACUGUAUGUCUUCUACUGCUCUUUUCCCCCAUCCAGAGAUGAGUGAAAUUAGGAAACAUCUCCAUUUGUCUGUUUGCGUUUUUCCCCUAGUUCAGAAAAAUUUCCAGGAUUAGAAUUGCCUUUCUUAGAGGAAGAAUAGCUGACUGAAGAAAAGUACUCUAAAAUAGUGUGUUUACAGUUCUGUGCUGACAGGUAGGCUUCAGCCUUACAAACUUCUGCACAGACUUUAAGACCUUACAUUUAAUGCCACUCUUUUCAAUUUAGUGCAAUUGUACAGAGUAUGUUUCAACAACACUUAUUAUGCCUUCAUCUUUUUCUUAAGGAGAAGAAAAAUUCUUUGUAUUAAUCCACACGGUAGGUGAAAACACAGUCUUUGUAAACCUUUCACAUACAGCCUAUACUAUGCUUUUUUUUCACAGAAAAAUACACUCUUCUUGUGGCUUCGUGAGAACAUGGCCAUUUGUGUAACUGCAACAAAUAGUAAUGAUUUUAAAGACAGAACACAAGUUCUUUUUCCAUCUUGUGUUUGUUGAGCUGUUUUGCUCUAAGCAUGCCAUCUUACGGGUUUCAUGUAAAUGACUUGGAUUCUUGAGUUUUGCCUUCUGUUAUGGUCGAGCACAUACCAGUAUCUGUACAUGUGUGCAGUAUGUGAUAGAUAAUCACAUCAUGUAUAAGUGCACUGGAGCCUUUGCAUAGAUAUUCUAGAGGUUAAGAAUUUAAUAUGAAGUUAUUUUAGUUAUAUGAUACACAUUAUCCAGCAGCAGCCCCAUAAAUUUUUUCCAGAUUGCUUUACCAAUUCUAAGUGCAAGAAAUUUAUUGUUGACCACAGCAAUCUAUUUUGGGGAAAAAAAAAAAACAAACAAAAAAUUAAAAAAUGGCGGGAAGCAAUUGGACCAAAGUAGAAUGAAAAGUAUCUCAUGCUGUGUCUUCUGUUUUACUCCUUAGCAGUUCUGGUUUAGCUAAAUCAUGCAGAUGAAACCUUUCAUCUGCUAAGUACUCGAGACACAGUCACAGUUCCUAAUUUACAUGAAAUUUACCUAUGGUGACUACAGAAAUACUCUUUGGAAUUCAGAUACCCCCAACAACUGAAUGGAAUCUUUUUCCUUCAUGGGUUAAGUAUAUUUGCUGUUGUUCUCCCUCUUUGAAUGCUGAUCGUACAAGCAUUGCAAAAAUAUUCCUUAUCGCUCCGUGUUGGUGUGUAUGGAAAGCUUUUAAUUCAUCUUUUACUCAUUGAUAGUAAAGAGAACUUCACUAGCUCUGUUACCAUUCAAAGUAUUUGGCAGUAUCACAUAAUAUUUUAUGUUUCUCUGACAAAUUUGUCAAAUCGGCAAUAAGUUAUUCUAUUAAUGUUUAAAGUCUGUCAGAUACCGUUUCUAAUGUAGAACUAUCCAGACCACAUUAAGUAUAUGUUUGCUAGAGUAUAAUAUCUGUUAGAAUGAAAAAUUGUGGCUCCAGAAGUCGUGGUUUAGUUUGCUUUCCUGGUGCGUUAAAGGAGAAAGGUCAUGACAAAAUGUUACUCUUUGUUAGCACCUAAACCAACAAAAAUAGCCCACAGAGUGCAGAUUUAGAUGUGUAUUGUUUAUUGUAGAAACAAACUUACACCUGCACUUCCAAAGUCAAACCCAGCAAAUACUAAAAUUUUGAAGCUCCAUUUGAAUUUUACGGCUCAAAUCAUUGCUCAACAUUACAUGGUGAGAUUGAAUUGUUCAAAAUUCUGGACUUGACCUCACAAAUAGAGUAAGACAUCUGGAUCUGUAAGGCCUCUGGCUCAUGAAGUUAAACUGCCAAAAGCCAUUCUUCCUUGCAUUUUUAUCCUGCUAAAAUUGACCUUGACCAAGAUCAGUAAGAAUGUAUAAAAACCUGACAGGUCUCUCCUCUCCUAGAGGUGUUUAUACUGCCAGAACUGCUUCAUUUUUGUUAUUAAUUUCAAUAGUUUUUCCCUUUUAAGACUGGACUGUUUGCAGCCAUGUCAGAGCAUUUCUAGUGUAUUAUGAAGCGAUGCCUGAAUGGUAUGCGCUAAGUGAGAAAAACAGUUGACAUAGCAUGAUACUCAGAUGUUGCAUAUUGUAUUACAGUACUGACAGAAAUUCCAUUGUUAUAAUUAAUUUAUGAAAUUUGGACAGUAGUGCAACAUUCUGCUGUAAUGGUUCAAUUCAUGGCAGUAUUAUUUAUUUAUUUAGCAAGUGCCCAUUAGAGAAGUGCAAUGGGUGUUUUUUUAAUUGAAGUAUGUGGUAAAAAACUAUUUACAUUGGAGGGGACAUGCAGUGUGUAACUCAUCUUUUUAUGUGGCACAGACUUCUUUUAUGUGUUUAAACUUAGAACAGUGUGAUCAGUUUGCUGUGACUGCAUUUAGUGUUAAAAUUGUAGGGAUAGCAAAUAGCACUAUUAAAAACUAGAUUGUUAGAUGAUCAAAACAAUUAUGACCCUCUUAAAAUAAUGCAUUUGCCUCAAACACUGUGAUAUAGGAACAGUUCUGUGAAGUGGAACAAUUGAUUCAAUUAAUUUAUUCAUUCUAAACACAGAAAAGGCUUUCUGCACACUACCACAAGAAAGCUCACGUUCAAACUUUAGGUUAUGAAUCCCAAUCUAGCAAAGGCACAUCGUAACUCUUGUUUUGCUUUCUGACCAAAAACUGUGCUCGAUUGUAAUACGGGUGUAUACUCUGUCAAAAAACCUAAAAUAAUGGACUGCUUUCUAGGGUAGAUCAAACUGAUUUGUAGAGUAGUUUCAUAUAUAUAUUCAAAAUUCAGGUUGGGCUGUUAUGUGAAGAAGAAAGAACUUCAAGGUAACAACAUUCAACUUUACUACAUUUAGUGAGCUGAAGAAUUUGUUUUAUAUAUAUAUAUAUUUACACAUAUAUAUAUAUAUAUGAUACAUAUAAACUAUCUUUGUAAAAAAAAACAAAAAAUAUGCAAGUGCAAUAAUUUAAAGAGGUCUUAACUUUGCAUUUAUAAAUUAUAAAUACUGUACAUGGUGUGUAAUUUUUUUCAUGUAUUCAUUUGCAGUCUUUGUAUUUAAAAAACAAACCUAAACCUUUACUAUUACGUUUGUACAAUAGAACAGUAAGCAUUUAUUAUGAUAUAGUUAUGUUGUAAAUAAAUUCACAAACCAAACAGCCAGUACAUAUGCAUAUAUGGGUGUCCUGUUGUGAAGCCUGUUUUUGCUUUUACUGCUGGCUUUAGCACAGCAAGACUACUUCUGUGGAUAUGUAAUUAUACAUAUAAAUACAUGUAUGAUACAUGAAAUAUAUUUAGAAAUGUUCAUAAUUUUAAUGGAUAUAUCUAUACAUUUACUUUGGUGUGAAUAUUAAUGAAUACAGAGGUUUUUAAUAUUA